AUGUCAAAAGGAAUUCGAUUUAUUGGGGCCAAUUUGACGGAUUCUGUUUUUCGUGGAAUUUAUCGUGGUGUACAAGCACAUGCUGAUGAUUUUGCGCAAGUUUUACAUCGUGGCAGAGAUGCUGGUGUUGAAAAAAUCAUAGUAACUGCUGGAACUCUAAGUGAAGCUCAUGAAGCCCUGGAAUUAGUAAAAAAUUAUGAUGAUCUUUAUAUGACCGUUGGUUGUCAUCCAACGCGUUGUCGUGAAUUUGAACAAGAUCCUGAAGGGCCAGAUGAAUACUAUCAAAAACUUUUAAAUCUUGCUACGAGCCGAGAAUCCCAAGAUAAAAUUGUAGCAAUUGGAGAAUGUGGACUUGAUUAUGAUCGACUUCAUUUUUGUCCAAAAGAAGUACAAUUAAAAUAUUUUGAGCGUCAGUUUGAUUUGGCCGAAAAAACUGGACUUCCAAUGUUUCUUCAUAAUCGUAAUACUGGAAAUGAUUUUAUGGAUAUCCUUCAAAGUUUUUGA